AUGGCCGGCUACCAAACAGGAAACGUUGUCGAUUAUAUAGCAGCAACAACACCAGCAAAAACAACUACAACAGCAACACAAGAUUUGACGCAAACAGAGAUACCAGGUAGCAGCAAACUGUGCAGAGCGUUAUACAACGUUGAGCAUAUGCUAAACUUUUCAAUACUAAUAAUAAAAAUGUUGAAGGUAUCAAUACAUAUCAUCGAUACAUUCAUUGCAGUCCCAGCACUGAGGUCUUCCCUUCGAUGCGAUACGGCGCAGAUAGCAACAUGGAAUACCAGUACUGAAGACGGCAGGCACCAGUUAGUUAGCAGGAAGACAUCUGGAGUCGAUUGCAAGAAAUAA